ACUGUUUGGAAUUUGUAAAUGUUGAUACUAGUUAUAUGUAGUUAGGAUGUUAGAAUAUGCGCACUUUCGUAUCUUGCAAUUGCUGUGUCAUGUGUCCAUUUAAUUUCAUUUCCUUCCAGUCUAAAAAUCUCAACAGUGCUCUUAUUUCUCAAGAAAUCGAUUUGAUCGCGUCAUUUUUAGUAAUUGAUAGUAAAGUAUAAAAAGAUUUCUAAUUAAAAAUAGCAUCGGUGAAUUAAAUUUUGUACAUAUUAACAGCAUUCUAGAAGCAACAUUUUUCUUUUGACAGUAAAAGACAACGAAGUUUAACAAUCCCUUUUAGCUCAACAAUGUCGCAAUCAGGGAAUACAUUCGUCGGAAAAUCAGCCAGCAUAAUAAAUGAUGAGAGUUACUAUUACAUUGGCUUAAAAGGCUCCCCAUUUGGGGCUGUGAGUUUUGUGGUUGGUUUAAAUUCGGACGAAAUUUUGGCUCUUUCCGAGCGUUUUCCAAAGUCUGAGGCAAAAGUGUCCAACGGCAUUAUGAUCACAGGACCACCUCUUUCCGUCAUUAACGCCUUGGCAGAAUUAGGAUAUCGAGUUAUUGGUACCACGGGAGACAUUGAAAUAUUUUGGACACUGCGAAGGGAAUUGUAAAAUCAACAGGACUAUAAUUUAUAAAAAACUACUUAUACAUUUAAAGUAUGCGUGCGCAUUUCCUAAUAUGCACGCAAAUUAAGAAACCAGUAUGAAUAUAGCAUUAUUUAAUUAUAUAAAAUAUUUAUAUACAAAGAACACACGUAGAUAAAUAAAAUAGUGUGUAUCAACUUUCGUGUACAAACUUUCGUUAUUAAAUUUUUAUCAAUAUUUUUUAACUUGCUUUAGGAAUGUAUAUUUUUUAUCUGACGUAUAUUUGUACCAACAGAUUUUCACAAGUAAUUUUAGCAAAUUUUCAUAUAUUACAUUUAAUAGAUUAAAAUUACAUCGUUUUAUACUUAAAUAUAUUUAAUUUUUACUAUCUCGAGAUGAAUAAAAUAUAAAAUGUAUUCAGUUUAUUUUUAUAUAAAUUAACAACAAGACUGUACAAAAUCAAGUUUCUAGUUUUUAUACUUUUCUGGGUCAAAUAAUAUCUUUUUUUUUUUGAGCUACUUUAUUAAUUAUUAUAAAAACGCAUAAAAAUAAUAUGCUCAUAAAAUUAAGAGAGAUUAAAAAAAUAAUAAGGAUAUCAACGCUUAUCUUUUUCGCUAUUAUUAUAUACAGUAUCAAUAUUAACCUUAUCAUUUUGUGCAAUACUAAUCCGGUUUAUGUCUUCUUUAUGUCUGAGACAUUCUAUAUUUUCUAUUUGCAAUUUAAUUUUUAAUUAAAUUGAAUUGUUAUGUUUAUGUUAUGUUAUUUUAUUUGUGCAUAUUUGAACAUUUUUAUACAAUAUACGGAAUCAAAACUAGCAUUAAUAUUAUAUAAUAUUGCAAAAGAAUUUACAUUGUAUUCACUAUUUGUUGAAUUCAUUUAUGAAAUGAUAAGGUUAUAUUAUAUUUGUUGGUACAGUAUUAUGCUAAAGAAAAUCAGUAAUAAUUAUGGAACUAUUAAAUUUAUAAUAAUAUUAUAAUACAUAAAGGUCGAUUUUAUAUACUGGCCUUAUUCUCAUGUACAAAUUCGAUAUACAGACACGCAUAUAUCAUAAAGUUAUACACAUGUAAACUAUAUAAACAAAAUACAUUUUUGCAUAUUGUCAAUGAACAUUUAUUGAAAAAUAUAUGACUGCUAUGAUUUAAAA